AUGUCUUUCCAGGAUGUAUUGAAGAGAGGAGAUGAUUUUCUCAACGAAUAUCCCAGAACCUCGAGAUUAUGGAACUAUGCCUCUCAUGCUACCUGCUUAUUUAUGAUUUUACAGUCAAAACUUUUUUUAAAUGUUCUAUAUAACCCCCAUUUACACAAUAUAGAAAAACUAGAUAGGGCGUUGGAAAAAGCGAGGUCUGAAAAUAGGUCACUAUUGACAAUGAUGAACCAUAUGUCGGUUGUUGAUGAUCCAACAUUCUAUGCUGCAUUGCCAUUCAGAUUUCAUACAGAUAUUGAAACCAUAAGAUGGGGAUUCGGUGCACACAAUGUAUGUUUUUCGAACAAGGCAUUGUCGUGGUUUUUCAACUUGGGAAAGAUAUUGGGGACUAGAAGAUUUGGGGAUGGCCCUUUCCAAGGCUCAUUGGACGCAGCUAUUAGAAUUUUGAGUCCUGAUGACACCUUAGAUUUAGAGUUUACCCCGGGGGUCAAGGAAGUGGCAAAACCAACAUUGUUACAGGAAAUCAAUGGUAUUGGGCCCGUAGGAGGAAAUACCACGAUGUUAGCUGAAAAAAUAAGACCAACUGCAGAAUCUACAAAUCUUCUCAUGUCCAAAUCGCCCUUCAUUCGUACCAAAACUUCAUGGUUCCACGUAUUCCCUGAAGGCUUUGUGUUGCAGCUACAAGAACCACAUCAAAAUUCGAUGCGUUAUUUCAAAUGGGGUAUCUCCCGGUUGAUCCUUGAGAGUACUCGUACUCCUGUUGUCGUACCGAUAUUCACAUAUGGGUUUGAGAAAGUGGCACCCGAGGACUCUGCCGAUAAGGGAAUUAAUAGAUGGCUACCCUCAAACAUAGGUGCAGAAAUACAUAUUAACAUAGGUGACCCCAUUCCUGAUGAGACAUUAGAAUCAUACAGAAAGAAAUGGAGAGACUUAUGCAAUAAAUAUAUUGAUCCGAAGAAUCCUACCGAUUUAUCAGAAGAGCUUAAAACCGGUAAGAUGGCAAAACGUUUGAGGUCUGACCUUGCUGCUGAAUUAAGGGAAGCUGUUUUGGCCAUCAGAAAUUCAUUAGGUGUAUUUAAACCUGAAGAUCCUCGCUUCAAAAAUCCAGUAUUUUGGGAAGAAUAUACGAGGACUGAAGGCAAAAGUGAUCCAGAUGUUCGGUUUAUUGGUAAGAACUGGGCUAUCAAGAGGUUACAGAAGCAUCUACCCGAAUACAGCGAAGAUGAACCUUAA